UGAAAAUCAAAACAACUAUCAGAAACAAAACGCCAGUAAUGAUUUUCAAUUUAUUCCAAUGAAAUUUCAUUUUACAAAGGCAACAUACACUUCCAGUUGUGAAAAUAUAUUACGGCACAAAUUUCAUAUAUCACAGAAUCACAAAUAUAAGCGGGCAAUUAGGAAUAAAGGCAAUAGUCUAACGACACAAAACCAAUAAUGCACAUAUCAGGAAAGGAUUGUCGUAAUAUUUUUUAUCGGGGAAAAAAGCUCCCUCUACGUUCGGUUCCUGCCUUUACAUAUCAGGCACUGCAGAAGAAUACCAUAGUGGAACCACCGCCAAGAAUUUAUAUAUACAAAAAAAAACCUGUAAAGGAGACAAUGUUCAAAAUGUAUUUUCGUCGUGGUGAUAUACCGGUAGCCAAAAGAAUUAAAGGUAGUGGGGAGGGUGCUACGGGAACAGUAAAAUGGUUUUGUGAUCCGAAGGACCUUGACUACUGUUAUUACUUGCCAAUAUUUGUAGAUGGUUUAGCCGAUAGCGACAUUGAUAUACGUUCACUGGCACAGGAAGCUGCAAUGGAUCUGAUACUAAAAGCACCACACAAAAUAUUGCCGGUUCUGCCAAAAUUGAUACUUCCACUUAAAAGGGCGUUCAACACGCACGAUAAACGAAUAAUAAUAUCAGCACUAAAGGUAUUGCAGACUAUGGUUUUGGUUGGGCCAUGUGUUGGUCAAGCACUUGUUCCAUAUUACCGCCAGCUUUUAGCAGUUUGCAAUUUAUAUAAAAAUAUCAACGUUAACUUGGGUUCUGGUGUUGAUCCUGAUCGUAGUCGUCGUAUUGGUGAUGUAAUUGAAGACACCCUGUCUUUGUUGGAGACCUGCGGAGGACCAAACGCCUUCAUCAACAUCAAAUACAUGAUUCCCACCUAUGAGAGUAGUACGCAUCCGAUAUGUACGCCGUCGGCCGGUAAAUUUGGUGUUGACGCAACCAAAUGAAAUAGGCCGAGUUCAAAAUAAUAGUUAUAGAGGUUUAUUUACAAGGGGGAAGGAAAUUAUAAAGUUCAAACAUAGCAACAUACAUACAUAUAUACGCAAUAUGUACGCAAUCAAAUACGUUAGCAGCCUUUCUUUGAGCGGACACUCAACACUAUUGAUUCAAAUUCCGCAGUUGGUA